GAUGUACAAUGCUCACGAUGUUAAAAAAAUAUGAGUGGCGCGUAAUUUUGAACCCUCUUCCCGCCCAAACUCAUAGAAGAAAGUUAACUUUCUUUUACGCCAUUUUCAAUUUUUCUAUCCAAAAUUCCGCAUUUCCCAGUUUUCCGCUUGAAUUUCGUAUGAUCACAUCAUAAAUUCAUAGCAUCAGAUGCUGCGUACUCUUCCACUCUUCAACCCACUCUUAAACUGUUUUACGCAUCAGGUAAUUGCAACACGAACAUCAAUUCGUUAUAUCAGUCUGAAAUUUCAGCGGAAUUGCUCAAUUACUGCUACAAAAAUGGAGAAUGAUCAUUCGAAGAAAGAUGAGAUUUCAAACCCUAAUUCUGAAUUCAAGUCAAGAGGUGCUUUGGUGGUAUUAGAAGGGUUAGAUCGAAGUGGAAAGAGCUCUCAAUGUGGCGAGCUUCUCACUCAUUUGCUAAAUGUUGGGUAUUCUGCUGAAUUAUGGCGGUUUCCGGAUCGAAAUACCGCAGUUGGGAAGAUGAUUUCUGCUUAUCUUUCCAAUGAAUCUAAUUUGGAUGAUCGCACCAUUCAUCUAUUGUUCAGUGCUAAUCGAUGGGAGAAAAGGUCGUUGAUGGAAGAUAAGUUGAAAGCAGGGAUUACUCUCAUUGUUGAUCGUUAUUCGUACUCUGGUGUGGCUUUCUCAUCAGCCAAAGGCCUUGACUUUGAUUGGUGUAAGGCACCAGAGAAGGGAUUGCUAGCUCCGGACAAAGUCUUGUAUCUUGAUAUUUCACCGGAGAAAGCUGCAGAAAGAGGAGGCUAUGGUGGUGAAAGAUACGAACGUCUUGAUUUUCAGAGGAAAGUGAGAGAGAAAUAUCAGGCUCUUCAUGAUUCCUCAUGGCAGAUUAUCGACGCGUGCUUGCCAAUGGAAGAAGUCCAGAAGCAGCUCAGAGAACAUGUGCUCAACUGUGUCUCGACAUGUCAAAAUGGAAAGCCUCUCUCUCAACUCUGGUUACAUUAGGUAGGCGUUGCUUGCCUGUUUAUGUCCAACUGCAAGCCCUUGGCUAUUUCCUUGCGUGGAAGAAGUUGUAUACUAAAGUCAAUAGAUAUAUUAUGCUGUACUUGUAGUCUUAGAUGUCAUUGUUCUACCAUAUUUCGAACUCUUUAGCUUAGAUGUUUGUUUCCACUUUUCCCCUUGUUUCUGGCUUAAAGUUACAAAUAGAUGAAGUUACAACUCUAUCAACUUUGUAAAAGGUACAUUUGUUUACUGUUUUAGAUAUGUUAAACUUGUUCAUGUGCAGAAAACUA